GAGAAUCUUUAGGAAAUUACAGGCUUGCUCUUUUUCUCUACCACUUACCUCCUCGUGUUGUGCUUCUCGAACGACAAGACACGCUCAAACCACGAGCAUGGAUAACGAGCAUGGAUAACGAGGACUCAGCUACGUCGACGGGAACGGCCAUUUCUGCCGCUGUCGAGAAACAUGAGUCGCAAUCCGAAAGGGAGAGCAGACCCCCUACGUCUCCUCUCAGUGAUCAAGAGAAGGACAUCAUCGAUCGGCAAUUAACAGCACCCAACCUCACUGUCGGAUACUUUUCGCUAUUCCGAUAUGCAAGCACAAAGGACAAGCUCAUUAUGGUGCUGGCUUUGUUUGCCAGUAUCGCUGCUGGAGCUGUCAUGCCGCUCAUGACGCUCGUCUAUGGUAACUUCGCAGGAAGCUUCACUAGCUUUUCAGUCGACGCCACUGCUGCUGCCAAGUUUGAACAGCAAAUUAACAAGUUCACUCUGUACUUCAUCUACCUAGGUAUUGGAGCAUUCGUGACUUCAUACGUCAGUAUCCUUGGUUUCUCAUACACCGGAGAGCGAAUCACACGAGUAAUCCGCGAGCUCUACCUCCGCGCUAUCUUCAGGCAGAACAUUGCUUUCUUCGACUUCCUGGGCUCUGGCGAGAUUACUACGCGCAUCAGUUCCGACAUGAACUUGGUCCAAGAUGCAAUUGGCCAGAAGAUUGGUCUAUUUGUAACUGGUGUCAGUAUGUUCGUUUCUGCACUGAUAAUUGGCUUCAUCAGGUCCUGGAAGCUCUCCUUGAUCAUGCUGGCUGCGACCGUGGCAUUGAUUCUGAUGAUGGGGGUCAACGGCACGCUCAUGAAAAAGGCGCAGACGCUCUCGAUUGACGAAUACGCCACUGCUGCUUCAUUGGCUGAAGAAGUGCUAUCUUCUGCUCGCAAUGUCGCCGCAUAUGGAACCCAGAAGAGGCUUGAGGAGAAGUACAAGGCUUUUGUAGAUCGCGCGAGUCAGUUUGACUUCAAAGCCAAGUUCUGGCUCUCUAUGAUGAUUGCUGGCAUGAUGGGGGUACUCAAUCUUCAGUAUGCACUAGCUUUCUGGCAGGGAAAGAGAUUCUUAGACGCCGGCGAACUUGGUGUUUCCAACAUUCUUACUGUGAUUAUGGCGCUCAUGAUUGCUGGAUUCUCCAUCGGACAGAACUUGCCCCACAUCCAAGCCUUCGGCGCAGCUACUGCAGCAGCUACCAAGGUCUUCAACACGAUUGAGAGAAACUCGCCCAUUGACCCAGAAACCGAGACAGGUAUUGUACCUGACGACUUUGUCGGCAACCUCGAAUUCAAAAACCUCAAACACGUCUAUCCUUCUCGUCCGGAUACUGUAGUGCUGUCCGACUUCAACCUCAGUGUCCCGUCCGGCAAGAUGGUUGCGCUCGUUGGUGCAUCUGGAUCUGGAAAGUCGACAAUCGUUGGACUUCUGGAACGAUUCUAUCUACCCAUGGAAGGCGAAAUACAUCUCGACGGCAGGGAUAUCACGACUUUGAACCUGCGUUGGUUGCGUCAGCAUAUGGCUAUCGUGAGCCAAGAACCCGUAUUAUUCAGUACAACAAUCUACGAGAGUAUUCUACAUGGCUUGGUCAACACCGAAUACGCCAACGUUUCGGACGAGAAAAAGAUGGAACUCAUUGAAAAAGCCGCCAAGAUCGCCAACGCUCACGACUUCAUCAUGGACCUGCCAGAAAAAUACCAGACCAAGGUCGGAGAAAGAGGUGGUCUGCUAUCUGGCGGCCAAAAACAACGUGUUGCGAUUGCCCGCGCUAUCGUUUCGGAUCCAAAAAUUCUUCUCUUGGAUGAGGCUACCGCAGCCCUGGACACCCGUGCCGAAAGCGCAGUUCAGGAGGCCCUCGACCGCGCCUCCCAAGGACGUACUACGAUCGUCAUUGCCCAUCGACUCUCCACUAUCAAGAAGGCUGACAAAAUCGUGGUUAUGGCCCUAGGCCGCAUCGUCGAGCAAGGUACUCACCAGGAGCUCAUCAACACCAACGGUGUAUAUGCGAGCUUAGUACAGGCCCAGGAACUAACAUCCAAGAUCAACCCCGUCAACAGAGAAUCCUCCCUGGAAGUUGCUGAGAAGCCAGCCAUAGGCGAGACAGACGUCGAGAAGCUCGCCCUGAUGCGCACCACGACAUCUGCUCCUACGGAAUUUUUGAAUAGAAAGGAUGAAAAGGAGAAGGAGUACGGCACAUGGGAAUUGAUCAAGUUUGCGUGGGAGAUGAAUAGUGGUGAACAGUUGAGUAUGACCAUCGGAUUGUUAGCCAGCUUCUUCGCCGGAUGCAACCCUGCGAUACAAGCCAUCUUCCUCGCCAACUCUAUCAACUCUCUCUUGUCGCCUGGAACGUCCCUCGGCGGGCUCGGAAUCAGCUUUUGGUGCUGGAUGUUCUUGAUGCUAGGACUGCUCAUUGGUUUCUUCUAUUAUAUCCAGGGCAUCACACUUUCCAAGGGAUCCGCGAAGCUUGUUGGCAGCGUUCGACAGCGCGCUUUUGGCGCGAUGCUUCGUCAAGACAUGGAGUUUUUCGAUGGCGACACCGUCACUUCAGGAGCUCUCAGCAACUUCCUUUCUUCGGAAGCCAAUCGUCUUGCUGGUCUCAGUGGUUCCACCCUUGGUACGAUUGUCAGCGCUGCUUCCUCUGUCCUCGUCGCAUUUAUCGUCGGUUGCUCUUUCGGAUGGAAACUUGCUCUUGUUUGCUCUGCAACGAUCCCACUCGUCAUUGCAUGUGGAUACUUUCGCUAUCACGCUCUUACUCGAAUGGAGAAGCGAACCAAGGAGACCUCAGAUUCGGCUAGUUUUGCCUGUGAAGCAGCCUCGUCUAUCCGUACUGUGGCUUCACUUUCUCUUGAGAAGCAUCUUCUCUCCGAGUACCAUGAUAAGCUUGCGGAUCAAGGGAAGGGCUACUUCAAGUUUACAAAUGUGUCUUCCGUUCUGUACGCCACAUCUCAGGGCCUGAGCAUGUUCAUCUUUGCCCUUGUCUUUUGGUAUGGAGGUCGUCUGUUGUUCAAGCAGGAGUACACCGUCCUACAAUUCUUUGUGGUGUACUCGGGCAUUAUCAACGGUGCUCAGGCGGCUGGUUCUAUCUUUUCUUUCGCCCCCGACAUGGGUGAGGCGAGAGAUGCGGCCAAGCUACUCAAGUCUUUCAUGAACCGCGUUCCCAAGAUUGACCACUGGUCGCCCGAGGGCAAGAAGGUUGAUCGUUUGGAUGGCCGUAUCGAACUGCAGGGUGUCAGAUUCUCAUACCCUGGAAGACCCGACCACCGGGUUCUACGCGGUGUGAGUCUCUCUGCUCAGCCUGGCCAGUUCAUUGCGCUGGUUGGUGCCUCUGGCAGCGGAAAGUCGACCGUCAUGCAAAUGCUCGAGCGCUUCUACGACCCGACCAGCGGUUCCGUCCUCGUCGAUGGCGUUGAAUUGAAGGACUACAACCUGCAAGACUACCGCUCGCAAUUGGCAAUCGUCAGCCAAGAAACUACGCUUUAUACCGGUACCAUUCGCGAAAACAUCCUUGCCAAUCAAGAUGGCCUAGGUGAUGACGUUGUCAUUCAAGCAUGCAAAAACGCCAACAUUUACGAGUUCAUCACCUCAUUGCCAGACGGUUUCAACACCCUCGUCGGUGCAAAGGGCGCUCUCCUUUCCGGUGGUCAGCGCCAACGCAUAGCCAUCGCUCGCGCUCUCCUCCGCGACCCCAAAGUCCUCCUUCUCGACGAAGCCACAUCAGCCCUCGAUUCCACCUCAGAGCGUGUCGUACAAGCCGCCCUAGACUCUGCUUCCAAGGGCCGCACCACAGUCGCUAUUGCGCAUCGCCUCAGUACGAUUCAGCAUGCCGACGUCAUCUACGUGUUCGACCAAGGCAAGAUUGUAGAGCAGGGUACGCACGAAGACCUGGUAGCGAAGAAGGGUGUCUACUUUGAGUUGGCCAGGUUACAAGCCAUUGGCGCACCCCAAUGAUUUUUCUUUUUUGCGGUUAGUAGAAACAAGCGCGAGCGUUGUUGCAUUUUCAUGGAGUUUACCUAGGCUGUACGAUAUGGCUUUAUACCGUUGUAAUCCUCGUUCGUUCUUUCUUUUUCACUCUGUUUUAUUUAUCACAUCGCCACUGUUUAGGCCGGGAACUAGAACAUUGCCGCAUGGGCGACAAAAAGCACAUUGCAUCACAUCGUAUUAUAGCAUUUAAAAGUACAUACACCACCUCUCCCGACUCAGUCGCGCAGAAUUAUCCAAUUUAUUCGUUAUACCAAA